UCUAACUGCCCCCGCCCCCAGGCCUCGCCCGGCUCCCAGGCCCCCAGCCGGCUCUCCAGCCCCAGGAUGCGCUGAGCCGCCGGGGGGCUGAGGCCGCGCCAACUACAUGCAUGUCCCCCGGGGGCAAGUUCGACUUUGACGACGGGGGCUGCUACGUGGGGGGCUGGGAGGCGGGGCGGGCACAUGGCUACGGCGUGUGCACGGGGCCCGGCGCCCAGGGCGAGUACAGCGGCUGCUGGGCACACGGCUUCGAGUCACUGGGCGUCUUCACGGGGCCCGGCGGACACAGCUACCAGGGCCACUGGCAGCAGGGCAAGCGCGAAGGGCUGGGCGUGGAGCGCAAGAGCCGCUGGACGUAUCGCGGCGAGUGGCUGGGCGGGCUGAAGGGGCGCAGCGGCGUGUGGGAGAGCGUGUCCGGCCUGCGCUACGCCGGGCUCUGGAAGGACGGCUUCCAGGACGGCUACGGCACCGAGACCUACUCCGACGGAGGCACCUACCAGGGCCAGUGGCAGGCCGGGAAGCGCCACGGCUACGGGGUGCGCCAGAGCGUGCCCUACCACCAGGCGGCGCUGCUCCGCUCUCCCCGCCGCACCUCUCUGGACUCCGGCCACAGCGACCCCCCAACGCCGCCCCCGCCCCUGCCCCUGCCCGGAGACGAGGGGGGCAGCCCGGCCUCUGGCUCGCGGGGAGGCUUCGUGCUGGCCGGGCCUGGAGACGCCGACGGUGCGUCCUCCCGCAAGCGCACCCCCGCGGCCGGCGGCUUCUUUCGCCGUUCGCUGCUGCUAAGCGGGCUCCGCGCUGGCGGGCGCCGCAGCUCCUUGGGCAGCAAGCGGGGCUCCCUGCGUAGCGAGGUGAGCAGCGAGGUGGGCAGUACAGGGCCCCCGGGCUCCGAAGCCAGCGGGACCCCGGCCCCAGCGCCGCCCGCCCUCAUCGAGGGCUCAGCCACCGAGGUGUAUGCGGGCGAAUGGCGCGCCGACCGGCGCAGCGGCUACGGCGUGAGCCAGCGCUCCAACGGGCUUCGCUACGAGGGCGAGUGGCUGGGCAACCGGCGGCACGGCUACGGGCGCACUACCCGCCCCGACGGCUCCCGUGAAGAGGGCAAGUACAAGCGCAACAGGCUGGUGCACGGGGGGCGUGUGCGCAGCCUCCUGCCGCUGGCCCUUCGACGGGGCAAAGUCAAGGAGAAGGUGGACAGGGCUGUGGAGGGCGCCCGUCGAGCAGUGAGCGCGGCACGCCAGCGCCAGGAGAUCGCCGCUGCCAGGGCAGCAGACGCCCUUCUAAAGGCAGUAGCAGCCAGCAGCGUUGCUGAGAAGGCUGUGGAGGCUGCUCGAAUGGCCAAACUCAUAGCCCAGGAUCUGCAACCCAUGUUAGAGGCCCCAGCUAUCCCUGCCCCAGGCCGCAGACCCAGGCAGGACUCAGAAGGUUCUGACACAGAGCCCUUGGAUGAAGACAGCCCUGGGGUGUACGAAAAUGGACUUACCCCCUCAGAGGGCUCUCCCGAACUGCCCAGCAGUCCUGCCUCCUCCCGCCAACCCUGGCAACCCCCUGCCUGCCGGAACCCACUGCCUCCUGGAGGGGACCGGGGUCCCUUCUCCAGCCCCAAAGCUUGGCCUGGGGAGUGGGGGUGCCCAGGUGAGCAGGCAGAGGAACUAGCUGGCUAUGAGGCCGAGGAUGAGGCUGGGAUCCAGGGCCCAGGACCCAGAGAUGGUUCCCCACUCCUUGGAGGCUGCAGUGACAGUUCCGGAAGUCUUCGAGAGGAGGAAGGGGAAGAUGAAGAGCCCUCGUCCCCCAUGAGGACCUUGGCACCUGAGCCCGCGGCCACACCAGUCCUAAGGGGCCCACCCUCAAGGGGUCCUGAAGCUGGGUGCCUGAUGGAAGAGCUUGAGGAGCCAGCUGCAACUGCGAGGCCUGCCCAGCCGGGAGCUGCCAACCCCCUGGUGGUGGGAGCCGUGGCCCUCCUGGACCUCAGCCUGGCAUUCCUGUUCUCCCAGCUCCUUACCUAAGGCUCCUGCCUGGCCUAAUUCUGGCUUUGGUUGCUGCCUCUUCACUCCUUUGACCUGCCUUUCUCUCUUUCCCCCCUCUGCUUGUUUUUUUCUCCUUUCUUUCUCUUCUCCCUUUCCUUUCUGUCUCCCUUCAUUUUUGUCUCUUGCUUUUUCUUCUGGCUCUCCUUUCAGAUUUUCUCGUUUAUUCUGGAUCUGUCUCUGUCUUCCUCACUCCAUUCCCCAACCCAACCCCUCCUUUCUCUAGAUUGUUUACAUAUGAAGGGCUUUUCUUGCUCAGAGUUGCUCUCUUCUCUGAGACACACAAAUCUAAGUCAGACCAUUGCUCCAGACCCUCCCCACCUUUUCUUUAGACCUGAACUUGGAUGAGGGUGGGGGUUUGGUAUCCUGAGGAGUCUCCUGAAAGCUGUGUAAAAAGAAGGAAGAAAGUGGAGGAGUGACCACACUGGGCAAGGCGCUGGUUGAGCUGCUGUGGCUCCCUACCCCAGGGACCUGGUGUCCCUCUGAGGCCUAGUAAAAAAGCUGGAGGAGGUAUAGCCACCAUCUCCAACUUCGGAGGAUCUUACCCCCCACCCCUCCAAGCACUGAGAUAGGUUCUUGCCUAAUUCUAUCCUUCCCUAAAGAAGAUAUGAAAAGUAAUUAAAGCUAGAAUGACUCCCUAGCAUCUCCCACUUUUCCCCCUCAACAGCCAGCCCCUCAUCCAACCCCCUAGGGUGGCAUGCCAUGUGUAAAGGAAAAAAGGAGCCCAGGGCAGCCACGUCACCCAGUGAUCUCUCCCACCCUCCCCUCUCCCCUCCAAGUUCAUUUGGUUGGUCUGGACUCACUCGUGGCCUUUGAUUAAAUUCUAUGGGGCCUGAAGAAGACAUUGCUACUGCAGAAGGUUCCAGGCACUUGAGCAAGGACCCCACUCCCCAACUCUGGCAGUUGUGGUAGGGGAGGCAGUUUUGAGGAACGGAACCAGACCAGUUAACAGGAACUCACAGGGCAGCAAAAGUUGUGACAAGCUUAAUCUCUAUGAAGGUUAUAUUUUUUCCCACAUCAUAUCAGAAUAUUGUGACAUGGAUAAACAGAAGGAGGGGAUCACAGGAAGCCAAUAUAUCACACACUUUCCAGGCAGGGCAGAGGUGGGAGUCAAAAUGGGCCGUAAGGUGGGUGGAGAGGAGAGCCCUGUUUGAGGUUGUGGCUGAUCCCUGGCACUAACUUUUCCCCUGGGGGCAGGAAGCCCUAGGAAGAGGGGACUGUAAGGUCCCCAGGGGAUCUUUCCUCCCUACCCCUGCAUGAGGCAGAGGCAAGCUGCCUGUCAAACCCCUCCCUCAAGGAAUGGCCUUGCCUGGGAAUGCCCACCACACACACCCUCUUCUUUUUUCUAGUCGAACUCUGUUUACUCCUUGGACUGCCUCCCUCCCUCCUCCCUUCUCAACCUUUACUUCUGAUUUCUAUUUCAUGGAAUUUGGGACUGAAGUUAAACUACAACAGUGCCGCCAACACCAAGUCUUGCAGGAAAAAAAUACA